AUGUACAUUGACAUGAUGGUGUUGCGUGACGAGUUCGAGGUUGAAUUUCUGUCAACGCUUCUCGAACCUCUUCCCAGCAUGAAGGAGUUCAUCCACUCUCUGCAAUAUCGAUACUGCAUGAGCGAUACCUCGUUCACCGAGAUUGAUUAUCACAAGAGGCUACUCGACAUGUGCUUCAAUUGUGAUCAGAUUAACCGGCUUCGAAUCAAUCUUCCCUGCCAGCUCGUCGGUCAGCGCUGCAACACUGCCACCAUGAUCUUGGCCAACACAUUUUCCGCCUUCGCCGAACGAUUUAAGAACAUGGACCCUACCGGCCCAGAACCUGUCAGGCUGGAGACUCUCGUUAUCGAGAACAUCACGGACCAGACCAUCUACAACCUAUGGAAGAACCCUAGCGAUGUGCGCAGCAUGAUGCACGUGUUUUCUGGGCUCAAACACGCCAUGUUCACUAUCCGCCGUGUCGAGCUCGCAGACCCACGCAUCCUCACCGCUUGGGGUCGCUUCCUCUGGGAGAUGUUCCGCAUCGCCGAGUCACUCGACAGCCUCCGCCUCGUGGGCACCGACGAUGACCGCCCACCGCGCGGUCUCCUGAAACAAACCAAAGCUUGGCUUACCAGCAUAAUGGAGUGGCGGGCUCUCGCGCUGCCUGUGCCGCCCAGCUUCCACGCCCACCCCUCCCUCACGAGCCUCGCGCUCGAGCGCCUCGAUAUCUCUCCCAUGAACCUCCAGUCCGCCGCCUGGAACUUUGGAUCCACGCUCCGCACCCUCAUCCUCAACGAGGUGUACCUCAAGGUCGAGCAGAGUACCACCCACAACCGGGACACGACCAAGUCCCUCUGGAUCGGCUUGCCAAACCAGCGGCCCGAAGACGACAACCUGUGGAUGGCCAUGCAGUUCCGCAUCCUCGCGCCGAAGCUCGAGCUCGUCCGCGCCUCCUCCCUCAGCUACGACCAUUUUCUCCACGAAGACCUCUUCCAAGGCGGCUCCAUCCUCCCCGAAGCCGCCAGCCCGGACUUUGACUUUGUCGACCCCAGCGGCCUCGGCCGCAGCCUCGCCCAGCGUUUCGUAGAGGUGACCCUCGGCUACGCCCAGCCGCCGUCCCCGCCGCCCGCCGUCCGCCCCGUCGUCUUCCUCCCGGAGAACAGCAGCCACGAUCACCUCGUCGCGAACCUCCGACCCCGCCCCGCCGGCGCCCUCGCCAUCGUCGACUACGACGCCAACGCCCACCACGCGGCCGUCGACGACCCAACCGGCCGCUGGCACCGCAGCCUCGACGGCCUGUACCCCAACUCCAACGCCGGCACGCUCCAGACGCUGCACGCGAUCGCCGACACGGCGUUUCGCGGCAUGAACGAGAUUCAGCGCCACCGCGAUGAGGCGGCCCUGCGCGAUGGCAUCGCCGGAGAGCCGGCGCAGGAAGGCGGCUGGCUGGCGGCGAACCUGCUCAACAUGAAUUUUCUCGACGAGUGA